AUGGAAUAUGCUACACAAUGGCUUUUUGUAGCUCUUUUACUAUGGAAUUCGCUAUGGAAUUGCAUUCACCUGACCGAUAUGUGUCCUCAAUUGCAAAAAGAAGAAUAUGAAGAAUCAAAUGCUAUGGGAGGCUAUUCCGGGCAAAAUCAAAGAACUUAUGAUCAGCCCCGAGGAAAUCAAGGGUGGAACAACAACCAAAACAUGGGCUAUCAACAAAGACAACCACCCCAUUACCAAGCAAGGCCACCAUUUCCACAACAAAAUUACCAACCGAGGCAACCACAACCUCCUCCUCAACAAGUUAGCUCCUCGAGCAUGUCCUUAGAAGACAUAGUCAAAAGCCUUGACACUAGCACUCAAAGUUUUCAACAAGAAACAAAGGCAAGCAUCAAGAAUCUUGAGCAACAAAUGGAACAACUUGCUCAAUCGAUGAGUAAAAUGGAAGAUCAAGGCAAACUGCCUCCUCAAAACGAAAAAAACCCAAAGCACAAUGCUUAUGCAAUUAGCUUGAGGAGUGGAAAGAAAUAUGAUGGCCCAAAGAUGCCCAAAGAAGAAGAAGAGGAGGAGUUGGUGAUAGAAGAACCACCAAAGAAGGAUGAAAAGAAAGAAAAAAUGGUGGAGAAAAAGAAGCCGAAAGAGAAAGAAGCAAAGAUCACACAACCACCUUUUCCAUCAAGAUUGAGCAGCAAUAAAAAAGAGAGAGAAUAUAGUGAAGUAAUGAAAAUGUUUUGGAAAGUGGAAGUCAACAUCCCUAUCUUAGACGCGAUCAAACAAGUACCUAGAUAUGCUAAGUUCCUUAAGGAACUUUGCACAUCUAAAAAGAAGCUGCAAGGUAAUGAGACAGUGAAAGCAAGUGAAAAUGUUUAUGUAGUUUUGUAG